CUCUUCACAUUUUCGCUGUUUUCUCUAACUUAUUUGCAGUGCUUUCACCUUCAUCAGAGCAGAUAAAAUCGCUCAAGUUUAGUUGGGGGCAAACAUGUUGUGCAUGGUUGCCUAGAAAACACGAGAAAGUGAAGGAGACAUAAGAAAAUUUAUCGAUAUUUACCUACUUUUAUCUUCUUCUAUUAGUUAUUUGAAAUUUUUAGAAUUGAGGAUUUUGUAGUUCGUUUUCUUUUCAUAUUCUUCCUUUUUCCUAACCAGAUAUAGAAUUGGUUUUCUAGGUCGAUGAUGGUUUGAGUGAAUGGUUCUUCAUGAUGGUUUUCUCGUGCGAGAUGAUAUUAAUAUAUUGCAUGACAACUGUUUGUGUUUUUGUCUCUGUAUUAACAUAAUUCUAAAAAAUGUCUAAAAAAUAACGAGCUAACAAAUUCGGUAAAUAUAAUUUGAUUAUUUUAAAACUAUGAAGUGACCGCCAACCCAUUUCUACUCUAACGCAAGUUUCUUUUUUUUUUUUUUUUUUUUGUUUAAUGUAUCCGCCCUGUACAAGAAGCUGGAGGACUGAGGAGCUUAGGCUCUUUGUAUGUAGCUCCCUUUUCCUUCAGGGUCAAGAUCAGGAUCAGGCUGAGGCUGCAGAGCGGAUGGAAACUCUAUAAGUUGGUUGUUUGUCUUCGUCAACUUCCAAGUCAACUGGAGACUGAGACAACCAGACAGUCGACCGUGCUUCACAUUUUCACUCUUUUUUCAUACAGAGGCGGAGUUCUCUCUUUCCUCGUAGAAGAUGAAACUCAUUAAAGGUUGCUGACUUGCUAAGCUUGUCCUGCGAUCUGCAUGGUUCCCAAGAAAAGAGGGGAAACAAGAUAAAAUGGAGGAACCUGAAUUGCUUCUUGUCAUUUCUGUUCUUGGUCUGUGUUUUUGGGGCCAAGUCGGAGCAGAUGGCUCCAAUCAUCGAUAUAAACCUGGAGAUAAGGUUCCUAUCUAUGUAAACCUAGUCGGUCCAUUUCACAACCCCAGUGAAACUUACAGCUAUUAUGAUUUUCCUUUCUGUCACCCAGACAAUGUGAAGGAAAAGAAGGCAAGUCUUGGUGAGGUGUUGCAUGGAGAUCGUCUUACUAGUGCUCCAUAUAAACUUGAAUUCCUUGUGGGAAAGGAUUUUGAACUUGCUUGCAGAAAAAAUUUGACCAAGAAAGAAGUUUCACUUUUCCGAAAAGCUGUCAGUAGUGAUUAUUAUUUUCAGAUGUACUAUGAUGACUUACCUAUAUGGGGAUUCUUAGGGAAGAUGGACAGGCCGGGGAUAGGUGAUUCAGACCAGAACAAUUAUUCCAUUUUCAAUCAUCUAACUUUUGAGGUAUUUUAUAACAAGGACCGUGUUAUUGAGAUUACUGUUAGGACAGAUUCCUAUGAUGUGGUAGACCUAAAUGAGGACAAGGAAUUAUGUAUCCAGUUUAUAUAUACUGUAAAGUGGAGCAAAACAAGCAUUCCUUUUGAGAAAAGGAUGAUUAAGUAUUCAGCAUCAUCUUCGUUGCCACAUGUCUUAGAAGAGCACAAAUUUUCCAUCACAAACUCAAGUGUGAUCACUCUCAUUCUUACCAUUUGCCUCGUGACCUAUUACAUACAAGUUAUUAGGAAAGCCUUCAAUUCUUCACAUGAUGAGGAAUUGGCUGACAAUCAAGAAAAGACAGGAUGGAAAAACAUACAUGGAGAUGUGUUUCAGUACCCAAACUACAAGUUGUUAUUUGCUGCUGCCCUUGGUUCUGGCACUCAAUUACUUACAAUUGCUGCAUUUAUUUUGAUACUUGGAUUACUUGGAGUGUUUUAUCCAUGCAACCGAGGGAUUCUAUGGACAGCACUUGUGGUCACAUAUGCAAGUACCUCUGGAGUUGCUGGAUAUACAUCAGCUUUUGUUUAUUGUCAAUUUGAGGGAAUGGAAUGGGCGAAAAAUUUUCUGCUUACUGGAUUUCUCUUUUGCGGACCCCUCAUUUUCACAUUCGGCUUCCUAAAUUAUGUUGCAUUCACUUACAAAGCAACUGCAGCAAUGCCCUCUGGCACAAUCUUUUUAUUAGUUCUGGUAUGGGCUCUAGUAGCUUUACCGUUGCUUACAUUUUGUGGGAUUGUUGGAAGCAAAGUCAAGGCAACAAACCAAACUCCUUUUCGCACCACAAAUUCUCCAAGUGCUAUACCUCCUGGCCCAUGGUACAUGGAUGUUCUUCCCCAAAUGGCCUUGGCAGGAAUUUUACCCUUUGGUGUCAUCUAUACGGAGCUAUACUAUAUAUUUGGUAGUCUAUGGGGUCACAGGAUCUACACUAUCUACACCAUUUUGGUUAUCGUCUUCAUCAUUCUUCUUAUUGUCACCAGCUUGGUCACCAUAGCAUUGAUUUACUUUCAGCUUGCUGUUGGAAAUCAUCAGUGGUGGUGGAGGUCUUUUCUUUACGGUGGGUCAGUUGCACUCUACGUGUAUGGCUACUGCUUCUUUUACUACUUCUCAAGCUCAGAGUGGUCUGGUCUCUUGCAGAUCUCUUUCUUCUUCAGUUACAUGGCUUGUGUCAGCUAUGGCAUGUUCCUCAUGCUUGGUACUGUUGGUUUUACAUCAUCGUUCUUAUUUAUUCGUCAUAUAUAUGGAUCUAUCAAGUUUGAUUAAUGCAUGAAUCCCCAAUGCACAAGACCCUAUUUAAGUGUUUUAAAA